AUGGCUGCUGUUGCCAUGAUAGCUGAUCCUGUGCGGAUUCUUCAAGAGGAGGCAGUGUGUACCAUCUGCCUUAAUUACUUCACAGACCCAGUGUCUAUUGGCUGUGGGCACAACUUUUGCCGAGUGUGCGUGACAGAGCUGUGGAGUGGAGAGGAUGAGGCGGACAAGGAUGAGUCAGAUCAGGAGGAGGAUGAGGACGGAUCGGAGGAGGAGGAGGGAGAAGCUGUGGGGGCCGGUGAGGGGUGGAACAGCCCCACGCAGGAAGAAUACUCUGAAGGAGACAUGGAGGAGGAGGAGGAGGAGAAAGAACAUGAAUUCUGGAGUAUUAGCAAUGGUGGCUCCCACUCGGGCUAUGGGUGCGAAGAGGAGGAGGGUGAGAAGGAAAACCGAUCCUACUAUAUGGCGGACACAGAAGGGAACCUGAGGGGAGAAAAUGAAAAUGAGGAGGGAAUAUUCGAGGAAGACAAGGAAGGGGAGCUAGACUCUGACAGUCCAAUGCCCCCACCUCCAGCCCCUAAAAGGUACUUCACCUGUCCCCAAUGCCAAAAGAGCUUUUCUCGGCGGAACUUCCGCCCCAACCUACAGCUGGCCAACAUGGUCCAGGUGAUUCGGCAGAUGCACCCAAUGCCUGGCAUACAGAUUCCUGUGAAUGAGCAAGGCAUCUGUCCCAAACACAAACAAGCCCUAAAGCUCUUCUGCCAGGUAGAUGAAGAGCCCAUCUGUGUGGUGUGCCAAGAAUCUGGGACCCACAAAUAUCACAACUUGGUGCCACUGGAUGAGGCAGUGCAAGAGUACAAAGCCAAGCUGCAGAGGCAACUGCAGCCACUGAGAAAGUGCCUGGAGGAUGUACAGAAUAGGAAGGCCAGAGAGGAGAAGCGCUUGAUAGAACUAAAGAACCGGAUGAAGUCUGAGCUGACAUCCGUGGCCUUAGCAUUUGGGCAGCUGACAAAGUUUCUGACGGAAGAGCAAGCAUACACGGAGCAGUGUCUCCGAAACAGGCACAGAGCCCAAUUGGGGCGUGUGGGAGCAGUGGCCAGCAAUCUGUCAGAGCAGGCCACCCAGCUAAGGCACUUGCUGGCCCAGGUCCAACAGCAGAGCCAGGAAGGGGGCCUACAGCUGCUCAAGAACAUCAAAGAGACUUUAGAUAAGUGUGAAGGGGUACAGCUGAAGCCCCUAGCCCCCAGCUGCUCCUUCUUGUGCCAACCCCAGAGCCAUGAAUACCUGAAAGAUUCCAUCGUGAGGAAAAUGGAGCAGGUAUUCUGCCAAGUUGCAAAAGUGGACGUGACUCUGGAUCCUGACACUGCUCACUCAAACCUGAUGCUGUCUGCUGACUGUCGGGGGGUCCACCUGGCAGAGCAGCGACAGGACCUUGCUUACACUCCCAAACGCUUCUUGAACAACUACUGUGUCCUGGGAGCCCAGGGAUUCUGCUCCGGCCGGCACUACUGGGAGAUAGAAGUACGUGGACCGGGGGGCUGGGCAUUAGGCGUUGCCUGUGAAUCCAUCAUUCAGAAGGAAAAGUUGGAUUCCGAGGGAUCCCGUGUGGAUAGCUGCAACUCCAGCGCUGUGGGCCAUCAUCAUCACAGCCAGCCUCAGCUGCUCCAGAAGCUGAACUACCAGGGGGAAGUAUGGUGUGUUGCAACCCAUUCCAUUUCAGAGAACAUGCAGAAUUCAGCAGAGCAGACACCUUCGAGUUCAAAUGAUAAAGCGGGGCGUUUGGGCAUCUACCUGGACUAUGAGGCUGGGCGCCUGGACUUCUACAAUAUGGACAAACUAACCCAUUUGCACACCUUCUCAUCUGCCUUCUUAGGUGAGCGUAUCUUUCCUUUCUUUCAGUUAUUCUACAAGGGCACCUACCUCAGACUAUGCCCUUGA